AUGAAAAUGCAGAACUCCACUGACUUCAUCCUAUUGGGCCUUAUCACCCAUCCCAUGUUCCCUGGGCUUAUCUUCGCAGUUGUCUUCUCCAUUUUUGUGGUGGCUGUAACAGCGAAUGUGGUCAUGAUUCUGCUUAUUCAUGUGGACUCUCGUCUCCACACACCCAUGUACUUCUUGCUCAGCCAACUCUCCAUCAUGGACACAGUGUACAUCUGCAUUACUGUCCCCAAGAUGCUUCAAGACCUUCUGUCUAAGGAAAAGACUAUCUCCUUCCUUGGCUGUGCAGUUCAGAUAUUUCUCUACCUUACACUAAUUGGAGGGGAAUUCUUCCUGCUGGGUCUUAUGGCAUAUGACAGAUAUGUAGCUGUAUGCAACCCCCUCCGGUACCCACUCCUCAUGAACCGAAGAAUUUGUUUGUAUAUGGUGGUGGGUUCCUGGGUUGGUGGAUCUUUGGAUGGAUUUAUGCUGACCCCUGUCACCAUGAGUUUUCCCUACUGUAGGUCUCGAGAAAUCAAUCAUUUUUUCUGUGAGAUCCCAGCUGUGCUGAAGCUGUCAUGUGUAGAUACUUCUCUCUAUGAGACCCUCAUGUAUUCCUGCUGUGUGCUGAUGUUACUCAUCCCUAUAUCCAUCAUUUCUGUCUCCUACACAAGAAUUCUGAUUACUGUCCAUCGGAUGAAUUCUGCUGAGGGUCGACGCAAAGCCUUUGCUACAUGUUCCUCCCAUAUCAUGGUGGUGAGCAUAUUCUACGGGGCAGCCUUCUACACCAAUGUGCUGCCCCAUUCCUAUCACACACCAGAGAAAGAUAAAGUUGUUUCUGCCUUUUACACUAUCCUCACACCCAUGCUAAACCCACUCAUUUACAGUUUGAGGAAUAAAGAUGUGGCAACAGCUUUCAGGAAAAUGCUGGGUAGGUGCACGUCCUCCCAGAGAAUCAGGGGAGAGAAUAUAUCCAGGACAUGCUAG